CCACGUCAACAGCCACAAAGGCCGACAGCCCCCCACCCCCAUUGCUCCUCCCGCUCCUCAUAUUCCUCCCACCACUCCGAUCUAUCCCAUGAGUGCAGGAAUGAUGCCUCCCCCUGCGAUGUCUCCUCGAAUGCCGUUCGCUCCACCUCCGUUCGGUGUCUUUGGUCCCGGACCUUCUCUUUCACAGGGUCCCCCACCACCCCUCGCACCUUCGGCAUUGCCCCGGACAUUUGGUACUGGAUCACCUUUCGAGCCAGCGUUCAGUCGCGGAUUAACUCCUGCCACACCUAUUGGGCCGCCAUCCAAAGUGAUGCAUAGUCAUAUGGGUUCUCCUCCCAUGCUAGCCCCUGGUCCGAGCAGGAGGUCGUCGAUACCCGAACCAGGCCCAGG